AUGUCCUUCCUCACAGGGUGGCAUUUGCAAUGGGCUAUCACAGCCACUGCCGGCAGUGGCUUCCUACUUUUCGGUUAUGACCAAGGUGUUAUGUCUGGUCUGCUGACAGGCGAUGCCUUCACUGCGAGAUUCCCUGAGAUUGACACCACGUCAAAGGGCCAUGGAAGUUCAUCCCUUCAAGGAACAGUAGUCGCUAUCUACGAAAUCGGUUGUUUCUUGGGUGCCAUCAUCUCAUUAUUUUCUGGUGAAAAACUUGGUCGACGAAAAUGCAUAUUGGCAGGAUGCGUUAUCCUGGGCAUCGGUGCUGCUCUUCAAUGCAGCGCUUACGGAAUUCCUCAAUUGAUUGUCGGACGUAUCAUUGCUGGCGUUGGCAACGGUCUCAACACAAGUGCGAUUCCUGUCUGGCAUUCGGAGUUGAGCAAAGCUGCGAGCCGUGGUAAAGGGUUAGCUAUUGAACUGGGAAUCAAUAUCUUUGGUGUGAUGAUGUCCUACUGGAUCGACUACGGCUUUUCAUUUGUUGAGAGCGAGGUUCAAUUUCGCUUCCCAAUUGCCUUACAGAUUCUUUUUGCGAUAGUCACCUUUUUUGGUGCUCUCUUCCUUCCCGAGUCUCCUCGUUGGCUCAUCAAACACGGUGAAGAAGAUAAGGCUCGUCAUAUCAUUUGGAGACUUCAAGAUAACGCCGAGGAAAUCGAUACCAGCGAUUCUGUUGUUGCCAUUGAUGUGCGCGAAAUAUCGCAAGCUAUUAGAGAAGAGACGGAGGCUUCAGCUGAAGGAUCCUUCAAGCUCAUCUUCCAAAAUGGCGACCAGAAAUUCCUGUAUCGGACACUUCUCGGUAUGGGUGGACAAAUGAUGCAACAAAUCUCAGGCAUUAACUUAAUUACCUACUAUGCUACUGAGAUCUUCGAAGAGUCCGUGGGAAUGGACCAUAACCUGGCUUUACUUAUGUCGGGAUUUAAUGGAAUCGCUUACUUUUUCUCUGCCUUGGUUCCCAUCUGGGUUAUCGACCGGCUUGGUCGGCGCAAACUUAUGAUGUUCGCCGUAGUCGGACAGGGCUGUUGUAUGGCUAUCCUGGCAGGCACUGUCUGGAAUGGUGGCCACGCUGCAGGUGUUGUCGCGACAAUGAUGUUGUUUUUGUUCAAUUUCUUUUUUGGAGUUGGUCUCCUUGCUAUUCCUUGGCUUUUACCUGCUGAAUACGCGCCCCUGGCUAUCCGAACUCAAGCCGCUGCUCUUGCGACCGCUACCAACUGGAUCUGCACCUUCUUGGUCGUUGAGAUCACCCCCGUCAGCAUUGCGAAUAUUGGAUAUCGCACUUACAUCUAUUUUGCUAUUUUCAACUUCUGCUUUCUCCCUCUCAUUUAUUUCUUCUACCCCGAGACGCGCAAUCUCACUCUGGAACAGAUCGACAAACUCUUCACUGGAGGAAAAGUCAACCUCUACUGGCAAUCUUCUAUGGGUAUGGCUGGAGAUGUGGAUUCUCGAAUUACCCAAGGAAAGGAAGUGGAAGCAGCAGCUUCUGAUGCUCAACAUGUUGAGUAA